AUGUCCCAAAAGGAUGAUUUGGCCUACGGUGGUUACUACCAAGGUGAACGUGGGUCCGGAGACGGAUCCCGAGGCCUAGGCGAUACCUUCAAAAAGCUCCGUGACACUUAUAAGAGCCACAGCUCUUCGUCGGGUCAGGCUAGCCAGACAUAUAAUCCAAGCGGCUAUCAAGGUCAGAGUUACCCUACCCAAAACGAGCCCCCGCAAUACGGACAAAGUCAACAGAGCCAAAGUACAAGCGGACAGCAACAAAAUCCCAACUACCAUGGCAACCCACCGAAGGAAGAUAAACUCUCCAGUUUCUUGGGUAAGCUUCAAGGUACCGUGACCGAGUUUGGUUCCGAAUUUGCAACGAAGAUUGGUACAACCAUCGAUCCGAAAGCAUAUGCCGAGUACGGUCCAGCCAAGCCCAAUACAGAGAAUCGGUUCGGUAGCUUUGCUCCUCCCCGUGAGCAUAACGACGUCAAAUGGUAUGUGGAUGGCUGCAGCUAUUUUUGGGCUGUGUCGCGGGCUUUGGAAAGUGCCCGAGAGUCUAUUUGGAUUUUGGACUGGUGGCUUUCUCCUGAGCUCUAUCUGAGAAGACCUCCGGCGAAGAAUGAGCAGUACCGAUUGGACCGUAUGCUGCAAGCUGCGGCUCAGCGCGGUGUGCGGGUCAAUGUCAUUGUUUACAAGGAGGUGACGCAGGCACUCACUCUUUCAUCGUCCCACACCAAACAUGCUUUGGAAGAUUUGCACCCCAAUAUCGCGGUCUUCCGUCACCCGGAUCACCUGCCAGACCGUCAAGAGCUGGCCGCCUCAUUCGCGUCGUCCUUCCAGAAUAUGACCCUCGACUCAGCUAGCAUCAGCAAAAUGUCAAAGGACACUUUGAAGGGACUGUACGGGAUGAACGAGGAUGUUAUUCUCUAUUGGGCUCAUCACGAAAAGUUGUGCUUGAUCGAUGGUCGAACUGCCUUUAUGGGUGGAUUGGAUAUGUGCUUCGGUCGCUGGGAUACUAACCAACAUUCGCUCUCGGAUCUGCAUCCAUCGGAUGUGAACCAAACGGUGUUCCCUGGUCAGGACUACAAUAAUUCCCGUGUCCUUGAUUUCGAGGAUGUCGUUCACUGGGAGAAUAAUCAGCUGGAUAGAAAGAGCAUGUCUCGGAUGGGGUGGUCUGAUAUUUCCGUGAGCUUGCACGGUGCAGCAGUUGAGGAUCUUCGCCGCCACUUCGUUGAGCGAUGGAACUUCAUCUAUGAUGCGAAAUACAGAGUCCGCAACGAGUCGAGAUACACCAGGUUGGCAUUAUACGGUCGGCCUACUUCUUCGACACCCCAACAGCAACCUGGCCAGCAGCCUGGCCUGCAACCUGGUGCGCAGCAGUCUAAUCUGUACCCUUCGGGACAGUCAAGCCCAAGCCAGCCUCCCACGCCAUCCUGGCAGUCGAAGCCUAACGCAACAUCCCACUCACCGUCGUCGAUUCAGACUCCGUCAAGCUCAAUCCAGCCAUCGCAUUCCCAGUUGCAUUCGCAGCCCCAGCAAGGCUCCGCUGCAUAUCAAUCCUACCAAGGUGGGAGCACCCCGACUUUCCCACCGCCGCCCGGCCAAGCCUCCACGAACCAGUACCAGCAGCAUCCACAAAGCACAUCCCCAUCACACCAGCCCGAGAAUGCUUCAACCUACCCUGCGCCCCCUAGCUAUGCAUCUUCUGCCCAAUCCAGUCACUCUCCCAGUCAGACGACGGGCCAAUACAGCUAUACUGGAAACUCAUUCCCUCCUCCUCCGCCUGGGCCCCCUCCGGCCCAAAGCAGUACGGAUAGCGAAUACCACCCCUACCCGGAUGAGAAGUCGGACCAGAAAUAUUACAACACUACCAAUAACUCAUACCAGCCGUAUCAGGGUCAACAGCAGACUGCGAAUGAUACUGAAUACCAGCCAUAUCCGGAUGAUCACCAUGGCAUGAAUCAAGCUACCACCGCGAAUGCCUCAUACCAGCCAUACCAGGGUCAGCAGCAGGAGCAGAAGCCUUACUACGCCCCACCGCCAAACCAGGGUUCUGGAAGCCCCGCCCCGCAUCAAGGCCAGAAUCAAAGCCAGGCGCCAUACUACCCUCCUCCCCCAGGCCAAGAACCAUCACACUCCAAUACUCGCGGAAUUGAUGACCACCCGUAUGCAAGCCGCAACCAAUACGAAGGUGAUCGUGAGAGAGGCUCUCUGGCGCCCCGCCGCUUCAAAGAAGACCUGACCCAAUAUGGAAACUCUCUUCGUGGUCAGCUCGCUGGGCAGAUUCAUCAAUACCAGGAUCGACUGACUACGUAUGGUCGUCCUUCAUCUUCCCAGGGACGAGGAAACAUGUCGUGCCAGAUCGUACGCAGCUGUGCGAAGUGGAGCAACGGUACCCCGGUUGAGCAUUCAAUCGCUGACGCCUAUUGCGCCAUCAUCCGGAACAGUGAGCACUUUAUUUACAUUGAGAACCAGUUCUUUAUCACUGCGACAGGUGACUCCCAGCAUCCAGUCAAAAACCAGAUUGGUGCCGCAAUUGUGGAGAGAAUCCUCCGUGCUGCCCGCGCUGGUCAGAAAUACAAGAUCGUGGUGGUGAUCCCAUCCGUUCCCUGCUUUGCUGGCGACUUGCGUGAUGAUGAGACUUUGGGAACACGUGCAAUCAUGGAGUUCCAGUACAACUCCAUCAAUCGCGGAGGUCACAGCAUCAUGGAGCUGAUCGCCAAAGAGGGCUUCAACCCUAUGGAGUACAUCCGGUUCUACAACCUCCGCAAUUAUGAUCGUAUCAACAAUGGAAGCAUGGUUGCUGCUGCUGAAUUGCAGAGUGGUGUCAACUACGAGGAUGCGAGCAGGCAGUACGACCAGCACACUGCUGGUCCUGGUGGCUAUGCUCCCAACACCGCUCGAAGCGCUUUCGACACCACCGCGCCAUUCCAGAAGUACCAGCAGGGUGCUCAGCAGGUACAAGGUAGCCAUGCUUCUUCCAGCCGAUGGGACAGUGUCAGCGAGUGUUAUAUGCUUGGAGGAGAGGAUAUCCGUAGGGUGCCAUGGAAUGGUCACCCCGAUGCUGAGAUUGAUGCUUUCGUGAGCGAGGAACUCUACGUUCACUCUAAGGUGAUGAUCGCCGACGAUCGUGUGGUCGUUUGUGGAUCUGCAAACCUCAACGAUCGUUCUCAGUUGGGCGACCACGAUUCUGAGAUUGCGGUAAUCAUUGAAGACUUCACCCCUGUGCCGUCGACCAUGAAUGGCAAGCCAUGGACUGCUAGUCGGUUUGCCGCGUCUCUUCGUCGCCAGCUGUUCCGAAAGCACCUUGGCCUUUUGCCAGCACAAGACUACCAACGACCAGAUGCGAACUUCGAGCCCGUGGGAGUUCCAAAUGAAUUCGAUUUCGACUGUCCGGAGAGCAAGGUCGUUGCCGAUCCGCUCUCUGACACUGCUCAAAGUCUUUGGAACUCGCGAGCUCACACAAACAGCGAAGUCUUCCGGAAGGUAUUCCACGCUGUCCCCGAUGACAUGGUCCGCAAUUGGUCCGAGUACAAAGAAUUCUACGAGUACUACUUCCACAAGGCUGAUGAGCGCAAGGAUGGAUUCUCGCGUCCUGCGCGAUACCAAUGGGGCCACGUUGUCCGUGAUAAUUUCCCACCUGGCGCGGAAGGCGCGAAACAGGUCAAAGAGCUGCUUAGCCAAGUCAAGGGUACUUUGGUUGAAAUGCCUUUGAUGUUCUUGAUCGAGGAGGACAUCGCGAAGGAAGGAUUGACCUUGAAUGACUUGACCGAGCCGCUCUAUACCUAA